AUGGCUGCGCUACCGACAAUGCGGCCGCUGGGCUGUCUGAGGACCCUUUUCAGAGCUCAGGAUGUUAUUCAGCCACAGAUGACCCGGCGCUUUAUCUCAACAGCCUACUCAAAGAGACCCGAGCGUGUCCCUCUCCCUCCGAACCUCCCCCAGCAAUUCCUCUCACAAUUACCGGUUCGAAUGCAACCGCAAAAUGCCGCCCGUUCAGCCUCUAAGCCCGUCAAGGUCUACCCUGCUCCUCCAUCCACCAGCAAAACAUGCAAAGACCCCGUUGCGAAGAUCACCGAGUCCCAGUUGGCAGUCCUCGAUCCCAAGGGUGAGCGCAAAGCUUUGUUCGACUACCGCCGGAAUACCCGCAGUGUCAAGCCCGGUGAUAUUGUGCGCGUGACUUUCAAGAACGGCGACCCCUUCAACGGUGUGGUGCUGAGCAUCAAGCUCCGCGGCAUUGAUACGUCUUUCUUGUUGCGUAACGAGCUCACUCGUGUGGGCGUUGAGAUGUCGGUCAAGGUGUUCAGUCCCAAUGUGCAGAGUGUAGAGAUUGUCCAGCGCGCAGAGCGCAAGCCCCGCCGCGCGAGACUCUACUACAUGCGGUCCCGCAAGCACGACCGCCGCAGCGUGGAGAACCUUGUGGCCUCCUACGUUCGCCAGAAGCGGGCUUUCCUGGGCGGCAAGCGCCAGUAG